UGGAUUCCCUUCAGUCGGUAGCCAGCCUCGGUCUGUCGAGGAUGUGACAGAAUCCUCUCCGAAUUGGGCCGCAGAACACGUUCGUCCGUUGGUAGACGUUGACCGUUUGAGACUUGUCGAACGCGACUGACGACCGACAUGGCAUAAGUAUCGCCUGGGAUAAAGGGGGGUUUCGCGCCGGGUACAGUUAUGGAUAUUCAUGGUAUGCACUCAAUGGACUGGCUUUUCAAGAAAGAAAGAAUCUAUCUUUUGGCUCAGUUCUGGCAGCAGGUGAGUUCAUCCCCAUACACGUAGUUGUAAACGUAACGUGGGGGGUCGUCGGCUAUUAAGGAAUGUCGACCAGUGGACACCGAUACCGGAAGUGUGAACAGUGAUGUGAUGACACUCGAGAGUUUCUGCCCUCCAGUGCAUGUGAUUUUUUCAUUUUAUCAACGAGUUCGUAUUUUCCGAGGUACUGUCUUUUAUUUACUUUUUGUUUUAUUUUUUCGCGAGCUUUAAACUUGGUUCUGCCUCACUUCCUUUGACUCUCAAGUGAUUUUUGAGUGAUGUUACUGCUAAACGACUUAUGACAACCGCACAAACGCCUAGCACCAAUCUUUCUGCAGCUGGUUCUCGUUUGGCGCGUUCCACCUGCCGGGAUUGGUUUAUCGAUACGUGUGUACAGUAAAAUUUUUCAUUUCGACCCUAUAAAUAUUUCGGAUUUGGGCUGAAAUCGCGAUCCGCAAUCUUUUAUCACAUCGUCGUUUUACAAUUUGAAAAACAAAAAACAAAAUAAAAACAAGAACGAACGCGGCAAUUCAAAGAAAAAACGCGUUAGAAGAGAGACUGUGUUUGAAUUUUAUCUUCUAAACUUAGUGUCUGUUUCUUAUUGUAGCGUGUUCCAAAACACAAAAAAUCGACUAACGCCAAAUCGAUGUUGUCACGUUUCUAGUUGGGAAGCCGAGACAACACCGCAGAUUCGCUGAGACUCAGUUAACGACGAAAGUGCCUUAAAAAUUAGUGAACGCCCAAACGAUACGAGGAUUAACUCAAAGAAAAAGAAGCCUCAAGAAAUACCAAGAAGCUGAACAAAAUGAAGAUGAGCGGCUACCCGGCUUACAUCUGUUUGUUCGGGCGUGAUAGGGCGACACUCGCUGAAAAAGAAGUUUCCGCUUUAAAAGAACAAUUAGCUGUAGCGAAUCAAAACCAAAGCGAUACAAAGAUGGCGACUGUCACCCAAGGAACCGAAGAAAUAAUGAGCCGUUCUAAUAUUGAGCUAGAACUCUCGGCUAAAGAUAAAGAGAUCUCGCAGUUAUUGGAAGAUGUGCAGAGGCUGCAAAACAGCAUAGGGAAAUUGCAAGAAAAUUCAGCCAAUCAAAUUGCGAGACUUGAAGAGGAGUUGGAGCAUAAACGGCAGCAUAUAUGCCGGCUAGAGGCGAGAUUAGAGGCUCAGAAGGAUUAUAACGAACUGAAAAGGCAACUUAGUGGUCUAAGGCCUCCUGAGGAGACUUCGGCCAAGGCGGAGGAGCCCGAGAAAGCUAAAUCUACGACGGAUAAUUCUGUUCCUAAGCCUGCUAGUACGCCAUCUGAAUCUCAAGGCGAAGUUCCUACCCUCCAUAAUGUAGAAACAUUCGGCUCAUUUUUGGGCGAAGAAAUUGUAGCGAACUGGAGAAGGUCUUUGGAAAGAACUAUGGUGUCUCAAGCCACGAGGCCGACACCGCCUCCAAAUUCUUGGCCAUCUCAAUUCGAUGGUAAAGUGAAGACUGAAGAAAACAGGGAACGGGAAAACGACAAAGGAGUUUCCCCAGCAAGAGAAUUACCACUGGUGAACGGUACUUCCAGUCCCGGUAAUCACGAGCAAGAAGUUCCCCACAAUAACAACAACAAUAAUAACAACAACAAUAACAACAACAACAACAACAAUAACAACAACAAUCCAAUGUUGCCGAACGGUCUGUGCGGUUUGAACAUCGGAUUAAACAAUAAUGUCCUGAGUGGUGGAACGCCCCUGAAUUUGAACGAUGUGAUAAAAAGUCCUUUCCGUUUUGAUGAGAGGUCGCCGUUCAGAUUCAGCGAAGACCCAAGCUGCAUGGUCGGCAGGUUCGGCGAAUCCCUAAUACCCAAAGGCGAUCCGAUGGAGGCCAGGCUUCAGGAAAUGCUCAGGUACAACAUGGAUAAGUACGCUAACCAGAACCUGGAUACACUUCACAUCGCACGACGGGUUCGAGAACUACUCUCGAUACAUAACGUCGGCCAGCGUCUCUUUGCAAAGUACGUCUUAGGACUUUCUCAGGGGACGGUUUCCGAGCUUCUAUCGAAGCCUAAGCCUUGGGACAAGUUGACGGAAAAAGGGCGAGACUCCUACCGGAAGAUGCACGCUUGGGCGUGCGACGACAACGCCGUUCUCUUGCUCAAGUCGCUCAUCCCGAAAAAAGGUAAAGAUGGUGGUGGUGGAAUUGGUGUUUUGGCAAGAGGUUCUGAAUCUGAGAUGACAGAAGAAAGGAUUGCACAUAUACUUAACGAAGCGAGUCAUAUGAUGAAACCCCAAGCACCAGAGGAUAGCCACAGCAAUGACGAUAGCAAAUCACCCAACCACCCUCAGAGUGCUGAAUCGCCCCUUACGAGGGACAAUUCGCAAAAUCGGAGGUUGAAAAAGUAUGAAAAUGAUGAUAUCUCUCAUGAACAGGUGAUGAGGAUAUACCAGGAAGAGCUAGCCAAACUGAUGGGAAGAAGACUGGAAGACCAGCCAUUUCCAGGAAUGGUGUUCCCACAUUUCUUAAGCGGUGGUAGUGGUGAAGAUGUGAGAAUCGCUAUGGAUGCUUACCACCGAGAACUUGCCAAACUAAGCAGCAAUAGUGGUGGUCUCCAGCACCCCCUUGCCGCCCUCCAUGCCCAGAGUUUGUCUGCAGCACAUAACGGUAUUGCUCAAGAUUUGUCUUUGCCAAAACAAGUUAAACGAGAAAAAAGCAAUAAUGAGGACGACAAAAAGGAAGAUGAUAGGCAUGGUGGAAGUGCAUUUUCUCUAGUGAGACCUAAAGUGGAACCCGGCUCGCCACUGGGGAACGUGAUCCUACCUCCUGAAGAUAUGGGAGGAGGCUCUGGUACAGCAGCUGUGAGUCCACUGCAAAGGAUGGCAUCCAUCACAAAUGCGCUUAUCUCACAACCACCAUCACAACACCACCAUUCCCCAUCUCAAAGGCCCCUGAAGGCUGUUUUACCACCUAUCACGCAACAACAGUUCGAUCAAUUCAAUAAUCUCAAUACAGAAGAAAUUGUGAGAAAGGUCAAAGAGCAACUAAGUCAAUUUUCAAUAAGCCAAAGGCUAUUUGGUGAAUCUGUUCUUGGUUUAUCACAAGGGAGUGUUUCUGAUUUACUAGCCAGGCCCAAACCAUGGCACAUGUUAACUCAGAAAGGAAGAGAGCCUUUUAUCAGAAUGAAAAUGUUUCUCGAAGAUGAAAAUGCUGUCCAUAAAUUAGUUGCUUCACAAUACAAAAUUGCUCCGGAAAAAUUGAUGAGGACUGGAGGUUAUGGUGUCAAUGCCAGUAAGUUCAUUUAUUCUAUUUCUCCAUUGUGCAAUUUCAUAAUCACAAUGUUUAUUCUAGCUGGUGGGCCACAUUCAAAAGCUAUUGCCGGAACAUGUGGGAAAUUUGGAACCAACGAUGCAUUUUUACACAAUCCCACUAUGCAUAUUCCUCAUAGUGCACCAGCACCACCGCCAGUACCUGCGAUCACACCUCCUGAUAUGAAGAAAUGUACGAUUCCUCCACAGCAGUGUCAUACUCCAAUGCAACAAUACCCUGGCAUCAAAAACCUCCAUCAUGUAUCUCCUUCUGUAUAUGAAAUGGCAGCACUAACACAGGACUUGGAUACCCAGUCAAUAACAACAAAAAUCAAGGAAGCUUUGUUAGCCAAUAACAUAGGACAGAAGAUAUUUGGAGAAGCAGUAUUAGGUUUGUCACAAGGUUCUGUUAGUGAACUCCUUUCCAAACCUAAACCCUGGCAUAUGCUGAGUAUCAAAGGAAGGGAACCUUUCAUCAGGAUGCAGCUGUGGCUUUCUGACUCAAACAACAUUGAUAAACUUCAAGCUUUAAAGUCUGAGAGGAGGGAACUCAACAAGAGACGAAGAGGAUCAGGUCAGCAAGACAAUAGUAGUGACACUUCAUCCAAUGAUACUUCUGAGUUCUACCACAGCAGUGCAGGAAGUCCACCAUCGGCGAAAAAGCAUAGAGUAUUCUUUUCCGAAGAACAGAAGGAAGCGUUGAGGCUCGCUUUUGCUUUAGAUCCAUAUCCCAGUUUAGCUACAAUAGAAUUUCUAGCGAAUGAACUAAGCCUUGUGUCCCGCACAAUUACCAAUUGGUUUCAUAACCAUAGAAUGAGACUGAAGCAGAGUCCUCAGGGAGAGACACUGAACAGAGAGGGGCAAGGCUCUGGUUUUGAUCCUGUACAGUUUAGAAUAUUAUUAAGCCAAAGGUUAGGACUUCCUUUGCCAUUCGCUGGCCCAUUUUUCCAUUCAAACAGUGAAAUGUCAAAUAUGAUAUCUAGGACUGAUCUACCUUUGAGGGAACAAGGCUUAGAUCUCUCGAUUAAACAUGAGUAUGAAGGUGAAGACAACGAAAGCCAUGUAGACUCUGAGGAUUCGUUUUCUGGUGUUCCAGAAACAAGAGUUCCAGAACCAAGGAUCUCAAGAAGAAAACCUGCAGCACCCCAAUGGGUCAACCCAGACUGGCAACAAGAGCCGGAAGUGAUUAUUAAUGGUGUGUGUGUGAUGCAAACUGAAGACUAUGAUAGGGAAGGUCGUGAAGAAACAGUCAGAGUAGAACCUGUGCCAGUACCUGAAGAAAGGAGUGCUACGCCUGAAAGCACGCCUCAACCACCUCUGGAAGAGCCCAAAUCUUCCCUUGCUGUGAAGCAAGAACUAAAGGAGGAAAAAUGGGAAAAUCAAUACUAAUAUUAGAUUGAGAUUUAAACAAAAAUGUUUAGAAUUUUCUGAUUCUGAUGUUCAUGAUUCCUUUAUCAAAUAAUAAAUUUCUGUUAAGUUUGGGUCUUUAUAAAAUUCUUAUGAUUAAAGUAGUUAUGUUGCAAUGAUGAUUAGGUCUUAAGGAGGUUUUGUUUAUAUUGAAAAAGAAAUCAUGAACAAAAUAUUAAACGGGUAGUGUUUGUUUGAUGAAAUAAAUGUUUAUAUAUAAAAGUAAAACAUUAAUUACUUCAGUUUAUAAGUUAAUAUCCUAUUUGUUAGGAGUCAUUAGGAACACACAGGAACAUUUUUGUACAUACUAAUUGGUGUGUUAUACCAGUGCUAUGAUCUCAGUGGUGUGUGUUGAACUAUAUUGGUGAUGUGAUAAAUUAAAAAAAUAAAUAAUCCAGUAUUGGAUCGAAUCCCAUCUUAUGGUAGCAAAUGGAAAAUAAAACAAACUUAUUGUGUGAACAUGUGCAAUCAACGAAUUCUUAAAUAUUUAGUUCUAUAUCUGAUUAUGUAAGUAUAUAAUGAUAAUUACUGUAGCUGUCUUUCUUGUAAGACAAGGGGCAUUUUUGUUUUGUUUAUAUGUUUAUGUAAAUAAAGUAACGGUAGUUUAUGUAAUGUAAAGUGUACCAGUUAGGUUGUCAAAUGAACAGCCAGGUUUACACAAAUAGUAUGGUUGUGAGAUAUUAAGUUGAUGUUGUUGAAAUAAUCAAAGAUGAAAUAAGACUGGUUAAACUGUUAAAUACACAGAUCAAAUAGUUUUGUGAACAUGGUUAGAGAUGAAGAAAUAGUUAAUUUAGUUAUAUAUUUGUUUCUUUAAUUUAAUUUUAUUUUGACUUUUCUGUUGUUUUUCUUUUUUAAUUUUAAUUUUUUUCCAUUGAACCUGUCUUCAUUGUGAUACACAUAAUACUUAGUAAUUAUGUUUAUUUGGGAAUGUGUGAUUUUGAUUUUGAAUCCGAGCUAACUGUAAAUUAUGAAAAUAUAAUAAUUUUGAGACUUAAUGUCCAAAUUUCAGACAAACUUAAAGUGUCUAUAAAUUAAUGCACAAUAUUCUCCAAAACUAGCUUUUGCAAGUACUGUAUGUAACGUUUGAAUGUUUAAAAAAAUUAGUUUUAUCCCCAUCAUUUUACAUACAUAUUUUAUAAGUAUGUGAGUGUUGUAUGUUUUUCUACUUAAAAAGUUAUCAGCUUUUGAAAUAUAUUAGACCACUGAUUGAUCUAUCGAAUAAUUUGAAUUUCAAAUGCGUUACCGAAUUGAGAAUGGCGCAAAACAACUUUUAUUAUUGUACACAUGAAAAUAAUGUGGAAUCAUAUCACACAAUAUACCUCAAAAAUUGUAAAGUUGUUUGAAUGUAGAAGUUUGAAAAUUUGAAGAUGUAAUAUAUAUAUGAUAAUUAUUUAACUACUUGUCAUAAAAAACAUUACAUGGGCAUUAUUUGUUCCCAAUAGAUAAAUUUGAGAAGCUAUGUAUCUAUCAUACCUAAUUAUGGUACAAGGACUCCCAUUAGAUAAUAAACAUCAAUUGUAGAACAUAUUGAUUUUGAAAAAUAUUGACAUGUUUGUUAUAAAAAGUAGCAGUUAUUUUAUUUGUUACAUUGUAAAA